AUGAUGUCCACCAUUUCAAGACCUCUUCAAGCGCUUUUCAAAGUAAACAGAUUAUCGUCGUCACCUCUCUUUAUUCGGAACUGGUCAACAUCCCUAACAAGAAGUCCGAUGCUAUUACAGAAGGAUGAAUUCACAUCUAAAGUGUCUCUCCUUAUCUCUAACAGAGGGUUCAAAGUAAGGACAUCUGUUAAGAAGUUCUGUGCACAUUGUUAUGUCGUUAGACGUAAGGGAAGAGUAUAUAUUUAUUGUAAAUCCAAUCCCAAACACAAACAACGCCAAGGAUAA